AUGUCUACCAGUUCACCUUCAACUGCGCUCACUACGCCUGCUACGUCGAAUUCGAGCAUCUCUGCUACCAAUACCACAACUACACUGUAUUCAACGUUGUCCUAUAACACGACCUCGGAUCCUGUCACAAUUACCGACUCAGAGUGGCCUCCAAUCCAGACCCAGACCGGGCAGCCAAGCUAUUGUAAUAACUGGUACCAAGCCAACCAGGUUGAUGACUGCAGCAGUAUUGUCUUUAAUAACAAUACGUGGAUGGACGCGGAGGACUUCCUUGAAUUGAACCCUGCCGUGGCCACAGACCUCAAUGAGCUCCAAUACAACUGCGACUUCCUUAUCGUAUCCCUCAUGGACAUCAGUGCUCCCGCUGCAAUGAAGGCCACUUUUGUCGCUAGUGCCACCCUGGCUGGGAUUGCCACCGAUUGUCAAGAAUAUUAUAUCACCGAAGAUGGCGACACCUGCGAAAGCAUCACUGGAAUUGUUUCCACCUGCACGGCCCGGUAUCAAGCCGAUGACGGCGAUGACUGCGACCUGAUUGUCGAGAAGCGAAUAUCUGUGCCGGGUACUCCUACCACACGGACCGUGACAGCUCCCGCAUUGGCUACCCCUACAACGCCGGCUAAUACCGUUUCUACUUGUGAGAACUAUUGGCUUGUUGGAACCAACUACCGGCUUGUCUUCUUCAACUGCUACUACCACAUCCGCACCUACAACUGCCACGUCUACUUCAGCCACCGGUGCAACACCCUCUCCAAUUCAAACGGGGAUGGCGAGUGGCUGCAUCCUAUGUUGGAGCCAAUAAUGACUGCUACGACAUCGCCUUGGAUGCGGGAGUUGCACUUGAUGACUUUCUACACAUGGAAUCCCGCCGUGAAGUCAUACUGUUCAGGGCUACACUCUGGUGUCUUUGUAUGCAUAGGCAAGACAGGCUACGCAACGACCAUCACUAGUGGUGAUCCAACUCCUGCAACUCCAACGCCAACACAGACUGGUAUGGCCACUGUAUGUCUUCGAUUUUACGAUGUCAACAGCGGUGAUAGCUGCUAUAACAUUGCUUCCGACGCCGGAGUUGCACUCACCGACUUUUAUAGCUGGAACCCUGCGCUUGUCUUCUACCUUUGUGUGUAUCGGAACAUUUGGACCGAUUACUACAACUACCAGUGGACCUCCUGUGGCUGCAUCGGUGACAAGUACAUAGUCGUCUCUGGGCAAAUAUAG